AUGGCUAUUUUUUCGGACUGCACCAAUUUUCGGAUGCUCGGUUUUUUAACUUUACGAUUUCACUUUACAUUGAGAUAAGUUGUGAUUUACUUCAAAAUAAAUGUAAGAUUACAAAGCUAAGAUAAUAAGAGGUUGACUGUUCGUUCUUAUAAUUAAAUUUUAGUUCCCUGGUCCUUAAUCAUUUGCAUGUUGAAGACCCUAUGCUAAGUAUCAAAUUUCAUGACAAUCUUGAAUCUUGUGAAGGUACUUCUUAUGGAAGUUUUUUUGAUCUGAAAGUGAUUUAUUCAUUGCAGGUUUGAUAUGUGGGACUUGUGAAAGGCACAGGAACUUAGCUGGAAGUUCCUCAUUCUUGACAGGGUGCACCAGCUACCGUAUCACUACGAUUCAGGCGCACUUCGCUACAGCUUCACAUAUUCGAUGUAGAGAAGCUGAUAUGGUUGCUGAGCGCCAACAUGAGGGAAAUGUGCCAGGUCCCAUGGAUGCAGUUUUAAACAGGCUUAGCGAUGAGGAGGCAGCGUUAUUGAAGCAAAAGUUCAACACUGCAUACUUUGUCAUGCACCAUGAAAUGCCAUGGACUGUCUAUCCAAAUCUUCUAAAACUCCAAGUGAAGAAUGGAUCCAACAUCAACUUCUUGAAGUCUUACCAGUCUGACAAAGCAUGCUCAAGAUUCGGAGGAUAUAUAGCGCAAGCAGUCCGGGAGCCCAUUCAAGCAGCACUUCAAGAGGCAAAAAGCAUUUCAGUCAUGUUUGAUGGUGCCACUGACUGUAGAUCAUCUAUUGCUGACUAGUAAAGGAUGGAGUUCCAAGGGGGUACUUUGUUGGUCUACAGGAACUUGAGCAUGCCCACAGUAAUGGUGUAUUCAGCGCAAUCAAUGAGGCCAUGAUUAAGUUUGGAUGCCAUGACUGGUUAGAUAAGUUGGUGGGUGCAGGGUCAGAUGGUGCAUCUGUAAAUAUUGGAAGAAACCACAGCGUCAAAACCUGAAUGAUGGAUGGGCGACAGCAUGUUGUAUUCACACACUGUGUUGCACAUCGACUGGAGCUUGGGGUUCUUUCAGGAAUCAAAGACCAUCCCAUGCUUGUUACAGUGCAGGAGAUGCUUUACCAAAUGCACAAGCACUACAACUACUCCCCGAAGGCAUUAAGAGAAUUGAAGACCAUAGCUGAGACCAUGGAAGAUCGCUUCAUUAAGCCACAGCGGCUUCAGGGGACAAGAUGGCUUCCAUAUGUGAUGAAAGCAUCAGAUGCUCUGAUGAAGGGGUACUCUGCAAUACGUACUCAUUUUGAGCAUGUAUCACAGGCUGGACCAAAUCAAGCUACGGAUGCAGUGAAGGGAAGGGCAAAACAUCUGGCAACCAAACUUCAAGACUGGCGAGUGCUACGUUUCAUGGCCUUCCUUCAGGACUUACUUCAGGUGGUUGCACAGCUUAGUCUUACAUUGCAGACAAGCUCUAUCACAGCUGUAGAGUACCUCGACGCUAUGGAGACCGCAAACCUGUUGCUGGUGCAACUUUAGGCAGAACCUGGAGAAAAAUUCGAAGAGUUCACCAGUCACAUCCAUCAAAAUCAGGACGGCUGUUGGCAUUUUAAGGGACAACCAAUUAAACACUUUGACCCAGACAGGCUGUACGA